UACCAUCCUCUCUCGUUUUCAAACUAAAAUAAAUUCCACAGGAUCGUUUUGAUGUAAAAUUUGUCUCCAUUUAAAUCCAGUUUUGAUAUGUAAAAGGACGACUGAUUGCGCUGAUCUAGCUUUUCAUUAUCUGAACGCCGUGACAAACAAAGUAACUCCUAGCGUACACAUUUACUUUCAUAUUUUUUUAUUUGAAGAAAUAAUCGCUUCCACGAUGGAUCGGGACAGAGCUAGUCCGUCCCCCUCCACCCUGCCGGAGUCCCCUGGAUACAACUCUCCCGGUAGAGCCUUACUGCUGGGUCUGAAGAGGGUGUCUGUGUGGCUGGUCGACUGCAGGAAAACAGCAGGGCAGAGUGGAACUGUGAGAGAAGGACACGAGGAGGGAGAUUUGAUUUCAUCAAGGGACAGCCCUAACCGCCGUUCUCGCAGUGGGAGGGGCUUAUCAUCUGGGGCGCUUCAACCAUAUCAUGUUGCUGACAAGACAGAGAAGAGUCUCUCCAGAUCAGAACGUCUCAAGAAACACCAGCAGAGGUGUAUAGGAAAGAAACCUCACCACUGCUGCUCUGACUGUGGGAAGAGUUUCACAAACCGGAGUGACUUCAUUAUUCACCAGCGGAUUCACACCGGAGAGAAACCGUACUGCUGCUCACAGUGUGGGAAGAGUUUCGCUGCUUCUAACACCUUCAAAUCUCAUCUGAGAAUUCAUAAAGUGGAGAGGCCUUACCCCUGCCUUGAUUGUGGUAAAAGAUUUUCUUAUUUGGGAGCCCUAAACAUACACCUGCGAACACACACAGGAGAGAAGCCUUAUAGCUGUGAUCAGUGUGGAAAGAGCUUCAGUCAAUCUGGGACCUUAAAUUCACACCAGCGAACACAUACUGGAGAGAAACCUUAUAGCUGUGAUCGGUGUGGGAAGAGAUUUGCUCAGUCAAGAGAGCUGACUAGACACCUGCGAACACACACAGGAGAGAAACCUUAUAGCUGUGAUCAGUGUGGGAAGAGCUUUGCUCUAUCAAAAGCCCUAACUAUACACCAGCGUAUACACACUGGAGUGAAGCCUUAUAGCUGUGGUCAGUGUGGGAAAAGCUUCAAUCAGUCAGGCAACCUGACAACACACAAGCUAACACAUACUGGAGUGAAGCCUUAUAGCUGUGGUCAGUGUGGGAUGAACUUUGCUCGAGCUUCCACCCUGAAUAGACACAAGCGAACACACACUGGAGAGAAACCUUAUAGCUGUGAUCAGUGUGGGAAGAGCUUUGCUCUAUCAGAUAAACGAACUAUACACCAGAGAACACACACUGGGGAGAAGCCUUAUUGCUGUUACCAGUGUGGAAAGGGCUUUGCUGUAGCUUCCACCCUGAUUAGACACUAUCGAAAACACACUGGAGAGAAGCCUUAUAGCUGUGAUCAGUGUGGGAAAAGCUUUGCUGUAGCUUCCACCCUGAAUACACACCAGCGAACACACACUGGGGAGAAGCCUUAUAGCUGUGAUCAGUGCGGGAAAAGCUUUGCUGUAGCUUACAACAUGAUUAGACACCACCGAACACACACUGACAGAGCUAGUCCGUCCCCCUCCACUCUGCCGGAGUCCCCUGGUCACAACUCUCCUGGUAGCUCCUUACUGCUGGGUCUGAAGAGGGUGUCUGUGAGGCUGGUCGACUGCAGGAAAACACCAGGGCAGAGUGGAUCUUCGAGAGGUGGACACGAGGAGGAAGACUUGAUUUCACCAAGGGACACCCUUAACUGUCGCUUUCUCAAUGGUAGGGACUUAUUUGGGGAGCCUCAACAACAUGUUUGUGACAAGGUAGAGAAGAGUCUCUCCCGAUCAGAACACCUCAAGAAGCACAGACGUACAGGGAAGAAACCUCACCACUGCUGCUCUGACUGUGGGAAGAGUUUCACUAGCAGGAGUGGUUUCAUAAUGCACCAACGGAGUCACACCGGAGAGAAACCGUACUGCUGCUCUCAGUGUGGGAAGAGUUUUGCUGCUUCUAACGCCUUCAAAUCUCAUCUGAGAAUUCAUACAGGAGAGAAACCUUACAGAUGCUCACAGUGUGGGAAGAGUUUUGCUGCUUCUAACACUUUCAAAUCUCAUCUGAGAAUGCAUACAGGGGAGAAGCCUUACCCCUGCCUUGAUUGUGGUAAAAGCUUUGCUAACACGGGAAUUCUAACCAUACACCAGCGUGUACACACUGGAGAGAAGCCUUAUAGCUGUAAUCAGUGUGGGAAGAGCUUUGCUCGGUCAGGAGAGCUGACUACACACCUGGUAACACACACUGGAGAGAAGCCUUAUGUCUGUCUAUGUGGGAAGAGCUUUGCUCUAUCAGGACACCUGAAUAGACACCAGCGAACACACACUGGAGAGAAGCCUUAUAGCUGUGAUCAGUGUGGGAAGAGCUUUGCGCUAUCAGAACACCUGAAUAGACACCAGCGAACACACACCGGAGAGAAACCUUACAGCUGUGAUCAGUGUGGGAAGAGUUUCAGUCUAUCAUGGACCCUAAAUACACACCAACGAACACACACCGGAGAGAAACCUUAUGCCUGUCUAUGUGGAAAGAGCUUUGCUCAUUUAGGGCCAAUGAAAAAACACCAGAAAGCAGAAAUGUGCCGUAUUUCCUCUCCCUCCUAUCUGACACUGGUUCCAGAUCCAUAAAUAAAGGAUCAGUAGAAAACAUCUAGUGAACAGUCAUAUUCAUCUCCCAUUCUUAGAAGGUUGCCUUAGUCUGAUCACCAUGGUAACCUCUGGAGCAUAAUAUGCAACUCUGAUCUAGGAUCAGGUCUCCCCUGUGUCUAUGUAAUAUUGCACAUUGGGAUUUAAAUGGAUAAAUGUUAUCAUAGAAUGUCAUAGUCAACGUGUGUUUACGUACUCCUAAAACUAAUCAAUGACGCAUUGAAUAAUAAUAUUCAUGAGGUCAAGGUAAGAUCUAUGCAUGCUGUGUCUUGUGACAAUGGUUAAUGUAAUAACUUUUUGAUUUAUAAUGUUAUAAAACCGGGGAAUGUAAUAUCUUGUUGGUUAAUAUGAUAAAAUGUUAUAUUGUUAUAGUAAUAACUUUUCCAUUUAAUGUAGUAAGUUACAGUAUCAUGUAACAACUUUUUAUGAAAAAUGUAAUAACUUCAACCGAUCAUGUAAUAACACCUAAACCAAUGUUUAAUCUGUUACUUCACUAAUGUCACUUCUUGUGAAUUUUGAAGUAUUUAUGUAAUAAAACAA